AUGCCGAUGUCCACUUUUGAUGUGAUAUCACGUCUUCAUGAAUUGCGGGCUCGUCUGAGGUCGGUUAGAGACAAAGCCCUCGUCUCCAACUUGAUUCGCGAAAUGAACGAAUCCCCCCAAAGCUACCCGAGUCUACCAAUUUCUUCGCUCGGACUCAAGGAGAUUCAACAGAUCCUCGGCUUGAGACAGAUGAAGGAAAACUCGGACACUGAACUGCAAGAUGUUCAACCAGUCUCUUUACCUGCCGAACUACGGAAACAUUUUUCGCGAAUCAGUCACGCUGUUGGUCGUGGACCGAAUACUGAGGCCCACAAUCGAUUCACGCUCAAUGAGUUGAUCUUCUAUGCGCAUGAACAUGUGCAGAAAUCUCGUUCCACCAAGAGCAACUCCAUAUAUGUACAGGCUGAACGUACGUGGAGUUAUGAGCCUGUUCGAUGGAAACGCAAACUGUGGAGUUUGAAGGGGCGGCCUGAUUAUUCUAUCUGGUAUGGCGCCGAAGAAGAGGUUUCCGUCAAUGUCAUUGCAAUCGAAGCAAAAUCUGAUUCUGGGUUUUCAUCGGGAAUCCCGCAAGUAUUGGGCUAUAUGGGCGCCGUGCAUCUUCAUAGAAAGCAGCAGAAAAAGCUGGAUUCUACUGUAUAUGGGGUAUCAGCCGACAAGUACAAUUUCUGGUUUGGAAAGCUGGGUGGAAAUUCACAGUGGACGCAACGAAUUGUGAUGGCUUAUGAAUCCAACUACGAAGCGGCGUACGGAAUCUUGAUUCAUAUGAUGAACAAAGCAACCACCAUCUCACCUUCGCAUUCUCAACUUCCGUCCACUCAAACGCAUUCGCACGAGAGUUCUAGAGAGUCCAGAAAAUCGAAGAUUAGCUUCCACGUGAAGGACAACGACGUUGCAAUGGAGGAUUUUUGA